UGCUGCAGUAGCGACACGUCGGUCCCGAUCGCAAGCCACUCAUUCGCUUCUCUCUCGCUCUCUCUCUCUCUGUGCAGCUCGGUCGGUUGCGUUACCCGAAGCUUUGGGCCUGUCGGCGAGAUCAGCGUGCAAACUUGGCGAUCUCUUCCCUCUCGUCUCCAGGUGGACGCGCCACCAUGAGUAGCGGAAGCCUCUCCAAGGUUGCCGUCAUCGGCAGCGGAAUCUCCGGAGCGGUCUGCGCGUCCAUCCUGGCCGCCGGAGGCGUUUCGGUCACCGUGUUCGAGACCGGCCGGGGUGCCGGCGGGAGGAUGUCUCAGAGGAGAGAGACCACGGAGGAUGGGAGGGUGCUCUUCUUCGACCAUGGGGCGCCGUACUUCUCGGUCAGUGACAUGGAGGUGAUGGGCGUCGUGAGAUCCUGGGAAGCGCGUGGCCUCGUCUCUGAGUGGCAGGUGCCGUUCGGGUCUUUUGAUCAGAGCACCGGCAAGUUCGUCGAUUUCGAGAAGGAAGGAACAACUAAGAAGUAUGUUGGAGUUCCAGGCAUGAAUUCAAUGUGUAAAGCACUUUGCUCAGACCCUGGAGUCGAAGCCAAAUAUGGGAUCACUGUUGGAAAAGUGGAUUGGCUUUGUGAUAGAAAUUCGUGGUCACUGAUUAGCGUGGAUGGGCAAGAUUUAGGUCAGUUUGAUGGUGUGGUGGCAUCAGACAAAAAUGUAGUAUCAGCAAGAUUUACAGGAGUCACUGGAAGGCCACCACCUCUUGAUAUAACAUCAUCUCCAGAUUUGGCAAUCCUUUCACAAGAUAUUCCUAUUCGUGCAUGUUUUGCUCUUAUGUUGGCAUUUUCUGAACCUUUAUCUUGGAUUCCUUUAAAAGGUGUUUCAUUCAAGAACUCCCAGGUUUUAAGCUGGGCUUAUUGUGAUAGUAGUAAGCCAGGCCGUUCUCAUGCAUCAUCCAAUUGUGAGUGUUGGGUAUUGCAUUCAACAGCAGAGUAUGCGCAGGCUGUAAUAGCAAGAACUGGUCUCAAGAAACUUUCCAGUGAUGCCUUGUCUAAGGUGGCAGAAGAAUUAUUGUGUGAAUUUCAGGCUACGGGAAUCAAUAUUCCUCGUCCAUUUUUCAUGAAAGCUCAUAGAUGGUUAGUACAAAUGUUCAGGGGCAGCGCCUUUCCAGCUAUUGCUAUUGGUGGGGACGAGAAAUGUUUGUGGGACAAGAAUAAGAGGUUGGCCAUAUGUGGAGAUUUUUGUGCGAGCCCUAACGUCGAAGGUGCAGUGCUCAGUGGAAUACGAGCAGCUUCUAAGAUUCUGGAGAAAUCGAGCAACUUGUGAUGAGUGUGCUCGUGCUUGCCGAUCCUUGGCCGAAAAUUCAAGUUACAUUCUAGCAUUCUAAUGUUCCUCGAUGAACAUCAGUUUUUCUUGGCUGAUUUUUUAUGGUAAAUAAGUGAUUCUUAUGAUAUAUACAGUCUUUGUUGCAACAAAAUGUAGGGGUUUGUUUCAAGCUA